UGGGGUUAAAGCUCUGUAUCCAGACGGAGAGGGAUAGUUAUCAUGGCCAAAAAGCUUUGUAUUGGCAACGGCUGAAUUGAUCCAUUUAUCCGUUUCAAACCCUAAAACGCAGCAUUCUCACUCGAAACGUUUUUAUCGGCGAAAUUAUCCAAUUUGAUUAUGUAUUAUAAAAUUCAUAAAUUGAUGAUCGAAUUCAUAGUUUUCGACGCGCUUGCCGGAUUCCUCCAUGGUUGACUCGAUCCGUGCAAAGGGUUUCAAUGCAUCAGAUCCAUGGAUUAUGAGUUUUUGAACGACUAAAUUCAGGUUCAUUGAUACAAAAUGGCGUGGUUGGGGAAAGUCUCUUUGGGGAACUUCCCGGAUCUUGCCGGGGCAGUGACAAAGCUAAGUGAGAGCGUGAAGAAUAUAGAGAAGAAUUUUGAUAGCGCACUUGGUUUUGAGGAGAAGAGGAGUGAUGAGGGGGAAGCUUCAGGAUCAUGGUCUUCGGAAACUGAUACGAAAGCAUUGUUUGAACCGGUUAUGGCCUUCAUGGGACAGAAAGGGGAAGAAGAUGCCGCUGAACCCUCAGAAAAAGUUGACCCUUCUGAGCAUUCAUUGCCAGUUCAAGAACAUGUAGAGACAGACAUUGACAUGGUACCACCAUCUGACUCUGAGCAAAUUGCUCCUGCCAAAAUAGAGGCUGGCAUGGUGCUGCCAUUUUUCAAUGAGCCAAUUGCUGCUGCUGAAAAAACAAAUGAAGCAGUAAAGUGGAUGGAGGAAGAUGGGCACCCUCAGUGCGAAGAAGGGGUAUCAAAUGUAGUUACUGUUCCUGGGGAAGUUGAGGUUCAUUCAGAUCAAUUACCAGUCAAAAUGCACGAAACUGCCAUUGAAAGUGUGGAGAAAAUGGAUGUUGAGGAAAAGGGCUUCAUUAACUCUCUUGAACAGCAAGGGAACUCAGAAUUGGUAGCUGGUGAAGAAUCAUUGCGAGUGGAAGGCAACUUAAGAGAACAUGAAGUAAAACCGGUCGAAAAUGAAGUCCGCCCUGUGCCGGAUGAAUCUCUUUCUGUCACUAGUUCGCAUGAGAAUCAGGAUGAACAAAAAGCAGCAGAAGACAGUGCUGAAGGAGCUUCUUUGUCCCAAGUUGAGGAUUCAGAUGAUAGACGAGACAUGGUGAAGGUUUCGAUCCCUUUUCCAAGUUCUAUUGGUACACAGGAGGCUGAAAGUUCCACUGAAAUCUUUCAUCAGGCUGCAAAAAUUGUUGCCGAAUCUGUCUUUCAUGAUAGUGAUUUACAUAUAAAUUCCAUUAAAGCAAACCAGCAAACCAGUGAUCUUGAGACUGAUGGUAGAGAGCAACGCUUAAACUCGGGUUCUAAUCUCUCAGACUCUGUAGAUCCCAUAGUUGAUUUGGAGAAAGUGAAGAUGGAAAUGAAAAUGAUGGAAGCAGCAUUGCAAGGGGCUGCUAAGCAAGCUCAGGCAAAAGCUGAUGAUAUGACAAAGCUGAUGGCUGAAAAUGAGCAGCUGAAGGCUGUGAUUGAGGGUGUGAAGGGGAAAUCCAAUGAAUCAGAAAUGGAGUCACUGCGAGAGGAAUAUCAUCAAAGAGUGGCAGCUUUGGAAAGGAAGGUUUAUACUCUUACAAAGGAAAGGGAUACCCUGAGGAGAGAGCAGAGUAGAAAAAGUGAUGCUGCUGCCCUUUUGAAAGAAAAAGAUGAGAUAAUUAAUCAAGUUAUGGCUGAAGGUGAAGAGCUUUCUAAAAAGCAAGCUGCUCAAGAGUCACAAAUCAGGAAAUUAAGGGCACAGAUCAGAGAGCUUGAAGAAGAAAAGAAAGGUUUGAUUACCAAACUUCAGGUAGAGGAGAGCAAAGUAGAGAGUAUAAAGAGAGAUAAAGCUGCUACUGAGAAGUUGCUGCAAGAAACAAUUGAGAAACACCAAGCAGAACUUGCAGCUCAAAAGGAAUAUUUUACACAUGCACUGAAUGAAGCCAAGGAAGCUGAAGCAUUAGCAGAGACACGAGCCAAUAAUGAAGCCCGAACAGAACUUGAGAGUCGUCUGAGAGAAGCAGAGGAACGUGAAACUACUCUAGUUCAAACACUUCAAGACUUAAGGCAAACUCUUAGCCGAAAGGAGCAACAGGCAGUGUUCAGAGAAGACAUGCUUCGGAGAGACAUUGAGGAUCUUCAAAAGCGAUAUCAAGAAAGUGAGCAUCGUUCUGAGGAGUUGAUUACACAAGUUCCUGAGUCAACUAGGCCCCUUCUGAGACAGAUUGAAGCUAUGCAGGAGACAAAUGCCAGAAGGGCAGAAGCAUGGGCUGCAGUAGAGAGGUCCCUAAAUUCUCGGCUACAGGAGGCAGAGGCCAAAGCUGGAGCUUGUGAGGAAAGUGAGCGGUCCAUGAAUGAACGGCUAUCACAAACUUUAUCUCGUAUAAAUGUCCUUGAAGCUCAGAUCUCAUGUCUUAGAGCCGAGCAGACACAGCUAAGUCGCUCCAUUGAAAAGGAGAGGCAGAGAGCUGCUGAAAAUAGGCAGGAAUACCUUGUAGCAAAGGAGGAUGCGGAUACUCAUGAAGGCUGUGCCAGACAACUUGAAGAAGAACUUAGGGAGCUCAGGAGGAAGCAUAAGCAAGAGUUGCAGGAUGCACUGGCACACAGGGAACUCUUACAGGAGGAGCUAGAGCAGGAGAAGAAUUCUAGGUUGGAGUUGGAAAGAACUACUCGUCUUGAAAGUUCUUCCAUUUCUGAUCAAGCUCUGACAUCCAGACACUUGAGUCCUUAUGCUGAAAAUGGAAAUAUGUCCAUAAGGAAACUUUAUAGUGCUGGAAGCCUUAGCAGCUUGGAAGAAAGCUUUUUCCUGCAAGCAUCCUUGGACUCAUCUACCAAUUUUUCUGAGAGGAGACAUCCUGGUGAGACAACCAUUACUCCGUAUUUUUUGAAGAGCAUGACUCCAAGUACUUUUGAAGCCACACUCCGUCAGAAGGAUGGGGAACUUGCGUCAUAUAUGUCCCGUUUGGCAUCCUUGGAAUCCAUCCGUGACUCUCUUUCCGAAGAAUUAGUUAAAAUGACUGAAGAGUGUGAAAAACUGCGAGCUGAAACAGUUGCAUUGCCUGGUUUGAGGGCAGAGCUAGAAGCAAUAAAGCAGAGGCACCAUUCAGCACUGGAGCUAAUGGGUGAACGUGAUGAAGAG